AUGCUUAAAUCAUUGCUAACUAGAUCUGGAUGUAUCAGAAAGGCAACCGUCAAGGGUGCAUUCCCUGAAAUCUACGGUGUUGGUCCUUUUUUGAGACGAGACCCUAUUGCUAUAAACAACCCAUUAUACUCUUUUGAAUGCACAGAUACUGGGCAAUAUGAACGUUCAUACGACUUCCGUGUUGCAGAAAAUAAUAUUUAUCUCACAGAACAUCAAAUAAUACUGACUUCCACUAAGCAGGAGGCAUACAAUUGCUGUUCCUGUAAAUGCUCGCUCGAUAAAUGGGCUCCAGCUUCCUGGAAUGGAAACUUGACACUAUCUUCUCAGGUUAUCAAAAUGUGUCAGAAAUGUUAUUGUACUUUCAGAGUCUCCAGAACCAUGUGCUCGAAUAAAGAGUGUCUUUCUGUGGUCACCAAGGCAGAAAGAGAAACAGCGUUGAAGCAGGGUUCGAUCAAGUCAUUCCUUGAUGAUGGAACCCCCACGAUAGCUUUCCCCUGUCUCAAGUGUGCUGGUACUGUGGUAUUUGAUAACCGAAGAGAAGAUUUGUACAAUCAAAGUCGAAAAAAAGGUCAUUGCAACAGUUGCAAAACUGAUACAUCCAUGACAUGGUAUAAUGACAAGGUAUAUUUUGGGAAACGGAUUUCCCCAACUGUGACCAUUACCAACGGUUCAGUUGGUAUAGAUGUCGAAACACGGAUUGCACUUUUAUACACAAUAGAGGCAAUGUAA